GGUUGACCAUUGUGAUUGUAAAGGAUCGGAUUUUAGAUUGGAGAAUCAGAAGGGAUUGAAAAGAAUGGCGUCGAAUAUCAUGAGACCAGCGUUUGCUUAUACGGUUGUGUACGUGAAGGACGUGGCCAAAUCCGUAGAAUUUUACUCUAGAGCUUUUGGUCACAACGUCCGUCGUCUUGACGAGUCCCACAGGUGGGGAGAGCUAGAGAGCGGACAAACGACGAUAGCCUUCACACCGCGUCACCAGCAUGAGACCGACGACUUAACGGGGAAGGUACAGGCUACGCAUUCAGACCCUGAGAGAGCACCCAUCGAAGUCUGCUUCUGUUACCCGGAUGUUGAUGCCGCCUUCAAGAGGGCUGUGGAGAACGGUGCGGUGGCUGUCAGCGAGCCAGAGGACAAGGAAUGGGGACAGAAGGUUGGUUACGUGCGAGACAUUGACGGCAUCGUUGUCCGCAUUGGUAGCCACGUUAAAUGAGUACCAAUCAGAGAGUGGAUCACGGGCGGACGUACGUAGGUGUGUCAGGGGUUUACGUACCCCUACUGAAGUAACUCGAACAUAUUUGAUUAUAUGUUCUUAGUUUAGUAAAACGCCAGACCAAUAAUGUAUAGAGAGAUGUAUUUGUUUUUUGAAACCAAAAUCAAUAGUUUUCUCGUUUAAACAAAUAAGCGUUAGGCUCAGUAUCCGCUGAAAAAUAAGGAAUUUGUAAUCUCAGGGGGUAAGAUAUCAGAUCAUACUAUUAUAAUUUGAAUACCA